GCUCUUUCGGCCCUUCACUUGGAUCUCCAUCGGAUAAAAUUCACACCUCAUCUCCUCUUCUGCCCUCCUCUUCCAUCCUCCAUCAUCCCUCCGCGCACGCACCUCGACAGCAUAUAUAUACAUACGUACGUAUCACCAAAAUAUCUCCCACCAAAAUAUCUCCAAACCUUGCACUUUUUCACACUCACUUCUCUCUCUCUCUCUAUCGUAUCUGGCUACUGCUUGAGGAGGGAAAAACAUGGUGUACCGUGAGCGCCGCCACCACCACCACCACCACCAGCCCUGUUUGCACUGCCACCCGCAAAGCUACAUAAGAAUGGUGCAACAUUUGAUCGAGAGAUGCCUUCUCUUCCAUAUGACCAGAGAUGACUGCAUCCAAGCUCUAGCCAAACACGCAAGCAUUCAGCCCAUUGUCACCCUCACCGUGUGGAAAGGGCUGCUGAAGGAGAAUAAAAGCUUCUUUGAAGCGUAUUACCAAGUUGCUCCCCAAAGCUAUCCGCAAUAUAAGCCAUCAGAGAGAAUCUCGAACGGGAAAAGCAGAAAUCAAUGGAGGUGAAGAAUAAAGAAAGUGACAUGUUGAGGAGAAAAAAGAGUAUUUGUUUAGGAUUACACGAUGCUUGACUCAAGUUACAGCCAAGAUUCGGGAUUGGGUUUGCCCACGACCCAGGUUUAUAUCGGCUUAGACAGAAAAUAGACGAAUCAGGGAUUAUGCAUUUUGUGCGUUGAAUUGAACGAGUAUAUUUCAUGGUUGUAAUUCUCUUAUUCAUUCAAUAGCAACCUUGCCAAUGAGAUCUCAACCUUGAAGCAA